AACUCCUUCAGCAGCGACUGCCAGGUCACUCGGAGAAGCUGGCUGGCGUAGCCUUCCCUUUCGGAAGAGCUGUCCUCUCUCUUACCCCCUGGACCUGGCUAGAUGCCUCGGGGCAGCCUCGGAGGCGAGCCAGCAGCACUCCUCCAACUCUGCUCCACCCGGAGCCUGACAGCUGGGCGGUCCCGCCUGACCCGCGGGCGGGCUGCGGCACCCUCCGGUAGACCGGCGCCCUGGCAAGCGGCUCCGGUGCAGAGGGGUUGGCCGCGGGAAUCUGAGAGGCCUCGGGGCUGGGGUCGGCAGCUCCCCGCGGUUUCCAUUGUGCGACCGUGAGAAUGGCCGGGUAACGCGCGCGCGCACACACACACACACACACACACACACACACACACACACACACCCUCGCACACGCGGAACCGGCUGGGCCAGGGGAGGGAGGAGGAGGGUGACGUAGCGUCCCAUGGCGUCACAUUGACGUCUCGCAUUCCAGGCACUCUAUGGAGAGGCCGCUAGGGCUCCUGUGGCAUAAAUGACGUGCCGAGAGAGCGAGCGAACGCGCAGCCGGGAGAGCCGAGUCUCCUGCCUCCCGCCCCCCACCCCUCCAGCGCCUGCUCCUCCUCCGCUCCCCAUACACAGACACGCUCACACCCGCUCCCUCACUUGCACACACAGACACACGCGCGCUCACACGCUCCGCACACACACUCCACUCUUCUCCCGCGCGCUCACACCCCUCUCGCCUGGCGCCCUCGCUGGUGUCGCGCCGCGCCGGGCCGCAGCCGGACGCCCCUCCGGGGCUCACUUUGCAACGCUGACAUAGCCGGCGGUGUCCGUGGAGGUGGGAAACGUGGCGACAUCCUACCCCCUAGUCGCAGCCAGAGACUGGACGCCUGCGGAACCUCUCGGCGGCGCUCUCCCAUGAGUUGGGAUCGCAGCAUCCCCCGCCAGCCGCUCACCGCCUCUGGGAGCCGCUGGGUUUGUGCACCGCAGCCCUUCCGGGACAGCAGCUGUGACUCUCCCCCAAUCCAGAUUUCGGGGUCGCUCUCUAGAAACUCGCUCUAAAGACGGAACCGCUACAGCACCCAAAGCCCACUGCGGGAGAGCGCAGCCCGACAAGCUCGGGCUCUGAGCCUGGACCCUCAGCAGAGCGGGCCAGCACAGCGGCUGCUUCGCCUAUCCCGACAUCCCCGCCUCCUACACUCUCAGCCUCCGCUGGAGAGACCCCCAGCCCCACCAUUCAGCGCGCAAGAUACCCUCCAGGCUCUCUUUCACGUCAAGAUCUCAUCCCAUACACGCAUGACUCAAUCAGCUUUGGAAAUGUGGAUAUGCCCUGCGUGCAAGCCCAAUAUAGCCCUUCGCCUCCGGGGUCCACUUACGCCACGCAGACUUAUGGCUCGGAAUACACCACAGAAAUCAUGAACCCUGACUACGCCAAGCUGACCAUGGACCUCGGUAGCACGGGGAUCAUGGCCACCGCCACGACGUCCCUGCCCAGCUUCAGUACCUUCAUGGAGGGCUACCCCAGCAGCUGCGAACUCAAGCCCUCCUGCCUGUACCAAAUGCCGCCAUCCGGGCCUAGGCCUUUGAUCAAGAUGGAAGAGGGCCGGGAGCACGGCUACCACCACCACCAUCACCAUCACCACCAUCACCACCACCACCACCAGCAACAGCCAUCCAUUCCUCCUCCCUCCGGCCCCGAGGAUGAGGUACUGCCCAGCACCUCCAUGUACUUCAAGCAGUCUCCGCCGUCUACGCCGACCACUCCAGGCUUCCCCCCGCAGGCGGGGGCGCUGUGGGACGACGAGCUGCCCUCUGCGCCUGGCUGCAUCGCUCCGGGACCGCUGCUGGACCCGCAGAUGAAGGCGGUACCCCCAAUGGCCGCUGCCGCGCGCUUCCCGAUCUUCUUCAAGCCCUCACCGCCACAUCCUCCCGCGCCCAGCCCAGCCGGCGGCCACCACCUCGGCUAUGACCCCACGGCCGCAGCUGCGCUCAAUCUGCCCCUGGGAGCCGCAGCCGCCGCGGGCAGCCAAGCUGCUGCUCUCGAGGGCCACCCGUACGGGCUCCCGCUGGCCAAGAGGACGGCCACGCUGACCUUCCCUCCGUUGGGCCUCACAGCCUCCCCUACAGCGUCCAGCCUGCUGGGAGAGAGCCCCAGCCUACCGUCGCCACCCAAUAGGAGCUCAUCAUCCGGGGAGGGCACGUGUGCGGUGUGCGGUGACAAUGCUGCCUGCCAGCACUACGGAGUGCGCACCUGCGAGGGCUGCAAAGGCUUCUUCAAGAGAACGGUGCAGAAAAAUGCAAAAUACGUUUGCCUGGCAAAUAAAAACUGCCCAGUAGACAAGAGACGCCGAAAUCGAUGUCAGUACUGCAGAUUUCAGAAGUGUCUCAGUGUGGGGAUGGUGAAGGAAGUUGUGCGUACAGAUAGUCUGAAAGGGAGGAGAGGUCGUCUGCCUUCCAAACCAAAGAGCCCACUCCAACAGGAGCCCUCGCAGCCCUCCCCGCCAUCUCCUCCGAUCUGUAUGAUGAAUGCCCUUGUCCGAGCUUUAACAGACGCAACACCCAGAGAUCUUGAUUAUUCCAGAUACUGUCCCACCGACCAGGCCACUGCAGGCACAGAUGCUGAGCACGUGCAGCAGUUCUACAACCUUCUGACGGCCUCCAUUGACGUGUCCAGAAGCUGGGCAGAAAAGAUCCCGGGAUUCACUGAUCUCCCCAAAGAAGAUCAGACGUUACUUAUAGAAUCAGCCUUUUUGGAGCUGUUUGUUCUUAGACUUUCCAUCAGGUCAAACACUGCUGAAGAUAAGUUUGUGUUCUGCAACGGACUUGUCCUGCAUCGACUUCAGUGCCUUCGCGGAUUUGGGGAGUGGCUCGACUCCAUUAAAGACUUUUCUUUAAAUUUGCAGAGCCUGAACCUUGAUAUCCAAGCCUUAGCCUGCCUGUCAGCACUGAGUAUGAUCACAGAGCGACAUGGGUUAAAAGAACCAAAGAGAGUGGAGGAGCUAUGCAACAAGAUCACAAGCAGCUUAAAGGACCACCAGAGGAAGGGACAGGCUCUGGAGCCCUCGGAACCCAAGGUCCUGCGCGCACUGGUGGAACUGAGGAAGAUCUGUACCCAGGGCCUCCAGCGCAUCUUCUACCUGAAGCUGGAGGACUUGGUGUCCCCACCUUCUGUCAUCGACAAGCUCUUCCUUGAUACCCUGCCUUUCUGAGCAGGGGAAGCCUAAGCAGAGAGCCACUUGCUCUGUUGGCACCUGAUCAUUAAGUGAGCAAAAGGAUGGGUUUGAACACCUUCCACACUGUCCUUCCUUCAGGGGAAAAACAGCUCCCAUAGAAAGCAAAGACUUUUUUUUUCCUGGCACCUUUCCUUACAACCUAAAGCCAGAAACCUUGCAGAGUAUUGUGUUGGGGUUGUGUUUUAUAUUUAGGCUUUGGUGGGUGGGUUGGGCGGGGUAAACAGUUCAUGAGGCUUUUCUAAGAAAUUGCUGACAAAGCACUUUUGGAUGACGCUAUCCCAGCAGUGGGGUGGGGAGAAAGGAUAAUAUAACUUUUAAAAAACUCUUUCUGGGGAAUAUGAUUAUGGUUGCUUUGUAUUUAAAAAUAAGAACAGCCGAGGGCUGUUCAGCAGAGUAGGGCUGUGUCUUAAGACUGAUCCUUUUAGGAUAUACUUCCUGUGUCAAGGGUACAUACGUGGUGCAAACGAGGCAGAAAAUUCCCUUUUCUUCAUUUCUUUCUUCUUAAAAAAAAAUGGCAAACAAUGGAAGAUUAUCUACAAAUCAGACUUAGCAAAAUGAUAAUGGCUAUUUGCUUCCAUAUACAAGUGCAAUUUUUUAGAGUGCUGUCUUACUAAGUCUUGUUUGUGAACUCCCCAUUAUUUUAUACGAAAAUAAGAAGGAGGCAGUCAUGUUAUCAAGUGGCAAGCUCAUUUUCCUAACUAAGGCUUGAUCCACCUGCCCUGUAGAACCCUUCAGAGGUGUGGCCCUUCUAAGACUUUCAGGACAUUCUUGAUGGAAUUCGACCCCUGAUGACUAUCCAGCCAUCCUGAAGGGGGAUCAGGUUAUAAAAUGGAUUGCAUACAACUGUCUUUGCUGUGUUUUGUCAACCUGGACAAAGUUCUCUAAACCUACUUCAGUUGUAGCAAGUUCCUGAUUCAUCCAUUCAGAAGCCCAAGGAGUGCUGGGUGACUCAAUCAAGUGUUAACCCUAGGAGAACAAGCAAAUAAGUAGGUAGGAACUGGGUCAUACAGGGUAAACACCAGAGAUGUAAGGAUUUAUAUAUAUAUAAAUAUAUAAAAUUUAAUUUUUGUUAUUGGUUAGAGGCAACUUUGGAAAGUAAGAGAAUCAUCUUUUUUAAAAAAAAAAGAAGAAAAGAUAGUAUUAAUGUGAGUACUAGAGAAGGUUAGUGGGUUGAGGUUCAACAUUCCGUGUUUGUGCCCCCUUUUAUAUGUUUCUACUGUUGAUGCCAUAUUAUUCUGAAAUAAUUUGUUGCAUAGUGUCCUUAUUUGUAUGAACAUUUGUAUGCACGUUAUAUUGUAAUAGCUUUGCCUGUAUUUAUUGCAAGACCACCAGCUCCUGGAGGCUGAGAUACAGAAUAAUCAAAUGGGGUGUUCGUGAUGACUUGGAUACACCAAUUAGAAAUUAAAUAAGCAUAUAUAUAUAUAAACAUAGCAGGUUACAUAUAUAUUUAUAAUGUGUCUUUUUAUUAACCAUUUGUACAAUAAAUGUCACUUCCCAUGCAGUUAUUUUAUCCUUCAUUUGCAGUGACCUUUAAGGCAGCACUGUUUAGCACUUUGAUAUGAAAUUUUUGCUUAUGUUUUGCUAAAUUCUAAUAAUGUUUGAAGACUUUAAGGUCUAAAAGUCUUUAUAUUAUAUACUCUGUAUCAAGUCAAGGUACCUUUGGCUGUCUUGCUGAGACUCAAAACUUAGAAUGUCAAACUGAUGUCACAGUAGCUUUUGUUAGCUUUUAAUCACUUUUGCUUUAGUCUUUUUUAAAAAAAAUAACAAACUAUACUGUUUAUAUUGUCAUUAAAUUAUACAAUCAAAUAAAUGCCAAAUGAAUUGCC